UCUCGCUCUCUUCUCUCCCUCCAAAAAAAAAGCGACCGACUCUGCUCGCCUUCACCAACCCAUUCUCCCCUCCCUCUCCCAUCCACCACCUUUUCCAAGCUACCGGCAACCUUCGCGAGCAUCACCUUCAGUCAUGAUAGCCCUGAAUGCUUAUCUGCGAUGUCUAUAUCCUCCAUUGCCUGACUUCUCGUAGCCAGCAUUGCUUCAAGAGCUUCCUGCUGGUCGCCCUGGGAGCAUCCUCUGGUCUUCGUCUCCCUCAUCCAACCACCUCCGCUCUCCUACCUCUGACUACCCUUCGUCGCGGCCAAUCACCCUACGGCCUACCCUAACUCUAGCUGCAAACUGGAAAUAUCCUUCGGAAGCCUCAAAUAGUCCCAUCUCCUUCUCUUUUCUCUCCUACCUGCCACCGAAGUUCGAUACUCAUUCCUUCUUCCGUGUCUCACGCCCCUCUCCCUCCAUCCCAUUUCGACCAGUCGCCUACACCACGAACGAUGGCUGGCACCUCCCCGACUCGACGCUCCUCUCGUGCGCGGGCGACCCAAUCACAAUCACACAACACCUCGAGCGCAUCUAGUGCGUCGGGCCGAGCUGAGCGAAGUACGAGGGCCUUCACGAAGACCGGCUCGCCUCAAAAGUCGACCGGCAGCGGGUCUCUGUCCUCAGAGCCUCCCGAAGAUUCGAUGCCUAUAGCCAACGAGGACACCAUCCUCCGCCGACGGAGUACGCGCGGGAAAGAAGACGAACGCGAAAAACAACCCAAAGUCGAAUUACCCGGCAUGGCUGCUGUUGGCGACGAGCUCCAGGACGAUGACGAGGCCGUCCGAUGCAUUUGUGGCCACGACGAAUACCCGGGACCGCCUCCCUUCGACGAGGACUCGAAGCACGGUCUCAAAGACGCAAUUGACCACGAGCGGAUCUUUGCCAUCGAAGUCACCGACGACUUGGCCGGUUUUUACGUGCAAUGCGAGAUCUGCAACACCUGGCAGCAUGGUGCUUGCGUUGGCUUUGCCGAAGAGACCAAUCCCGAUGCCGUUCAAUACUUCUGCGAAAAGUGUCGUAAAGAUUUACACAAGAUAUACACAGCAAGCAAUGGACAAAAGUAUUCAAUUUACCUACCUAUUCAUCGACCCUCCCGAGCCGGCUCGCGGUCUACUCCCACGGCCAAGGAUGGCGCACAAUCCCCCAAGAGCGGCACCACUAAAAGCUCGCGUUCCACGGUGGCGACGCAUACGUCGAAACGUCGCUCCACCAUGAAUAGCAGAGAUGCUGCUUAUGACGAGGAAGAACAGCUGCGUCGAGCAAUCGAAGCGAGCAAAGAAGAUGCCAUCCCUGAAGUCACAGAAGCCCCGCCCCGGCGCCCCAAGCGAGGGAGGGACGAUAGCGAAGAGAAGAUUGAGGGCGUCAAAAGGCAGCGAACAACUUCCAAGUCCCCUUCUCCCAAAAUCGAGCGGCCGCAGUCCGUUCCUCCCGAAGAGUCUGACGACGAAUUGGCCGCGCGAAAUGGAUCGUCCAAAAAAUCCCGGAACGCAGCGCGAAACCAACGUGAAAAGGCCGAGAGGGAUGAACGCCGUGAAGAACAAGAAAGGAAGCGGGCAGAGGCGGCUAAUAAGCGAAAAGGACGUGCCGAACGUCGACGGGCAGACGACUCUGAUCCCUCUGAAGAAAUACCUCUAGCUGCCCGCGCAGUGGCGAACAGGACGACAGAAUCGGCGCAACCACCAGAACCCCCCCAGUCAUCUCUGCCCGCUCCAGACACGCCGCCCGCGGUCCCUGCCCCGACAAACACGCAUAAGAAAAAGACAACAAACCAGAGGAAGAAGGGCAGGAACCAAUACACCAAAGAUCGUGAAAACCGGGAUCAUGACGCGUCGCCAGCAAGGUCUCUUUCGCGCGAUGUCACACGAAACGGAGACGAAAACGGCACCUCGCACGGCAAGUCCUCGGCUCACGAUACCGCAACCAAGCAGAGCAAGUCGAAAGGGGGAAUGAACUCGAGAAUCACGAUGACGGAUAUGAAGAGACGCGCCAACAAUAUUUUAGAAUAUAUCACGAGGACCCAAGUCGAGCUGGCAAGCGAUCCGUUGUCAGAGCCGACCGCGAGAUCGCAACAGAACAGCGCGAGCAACGGAGCCACCGGUACCGCGUCUCCAGUCAAGGCGAACGGCGACAAGUGCAAGAAGCCUGAGAAAGCCGCUACAGGCUUGAACGGGCCGAUAAGCAACGGUACUUCCAGUUCCGUCUCGCCAUUAAAGGAGUUCAAAGACUUGUCCUGUGUCGAAAUGAUGGACGCGUUGACUCGAGAUCUAGUGAAAUGGCAGCAAGAGUUUACGGCCUAGCCUAACUCCAUUAUGUCUAUCCAGAAGCGUUCAUCGGUGUUUGUCGGCCCAGCUCUCAGCGGGUGACCAGACUUCUUGUAUUUUUUUCCCCCCCUUGCCUUGUGUUUGUUUCUCCUUUCGUUCCCUUUUUCUUUUUUUUUUCAAGAGAAAAAUCCCUUCUGCAUUGCUCGGCGUUACAUUCGUGGGAACUGUUUGAUGGGUUUAUUGAGGUUUUCGGUUUCUUUCGAGGAGUAAAACCAUCGUGUCGGCCACCUCGCUCCUUGCUCGCAUUAUAAUUGUACCUACCGGAGUCAAUUUGGCUGUUUGGGAGUCUCGGACUCUUUGGAAGUAAGGACUGACGUAUCUGAAGACGAAUACGUUAUCGGAUCGGGCGGGAAUCGCAUCAUCAAUACCUACUACUACUACUACUACCACACACACACACACACACACAC